CCAGUAGUACACACUUUCUUUGCUGGAGAUUAACCUUGAGCAGUUCAGCAUGAUGAAAAUGCUUGUGUGUCUUCCACUGCUGGCUCUCUGUGCAGGCUGUUCUUACGGGAUUGCAACAGGAAACCCAGUGACCGGACUGAUCUCAGAAACUCUAUCUUUAAUCACAGCUCACCGAACUUUGCUGAUAGGCAAUGGGACUCUCAGGAUUUCAAUACCUGACCCAAAAAAUCAUCCACUGUGUAUUGAAGAAAUCUUCCAGGGAAUAGAAACACUAAAGAACCAAACUGCUGAAGACAAUGUGGUAGAAAGAAUUUUUCAAAACUUUUCUUCUCUAAAAGAACACAUUACUACCAAAGAAAAACAGUGUGGGGGAGAAAGAAGAAAAGUAGAGCAGUUCUUGGACUACCUGGAAGAGUUUCUUCAAACAGUAAAUACUGAGUGGACAGUAGAAAGUUAAAAAUGAAAAGGGAGGCUGUGAUGGACUGAUUUAGGGGAGUUCAAUGAACCUUGCCUGACUGGGAUGGAGGACAUAGCGGCAGUUUUUACAAAAAAAACUUUUUGUUGUUACAAACAUUUUCUGCAAAACAGAAUAUCUUUAUUUUUAAUGAUACUUUCUGAUUUCUUCUUCAUAUAUUCAAAUGUUAGUUUUGUCCAACUGGAUUUUUGGAAAUUCUGGAAAUGAAUUGAUUCUUCUUUUAAAAAAAUGUUGUCAAGAGAUACCCAAAUGAUGCCUUCUAACCCAGUGUGAUUUACUGACUGGCAAUUUUAUCUGUCUCCUUUCUGCUCCCAAAUGCAGUUCUUGAUGUUUAUUUCUAUUUGGUGUUUACCUCAUAGCUAGUAUAAGCAAUGACAACAACCUUGGCUCCAGAUUGUGUGGCUUUGGUGGCCUCAAGAAAUUACAUGGAUAUACUUUAUUUAUUUACUUUGAUAUGUUUAAAAUGUAGGGCUAUUUGGACCUUUUCUGUUUAAUUGUGGACUUGUUACUCUCUGAGCUUCAGUAUUUUUAUAUGUAAAACAAUGGGGUUGUAAUGUAAACUCAAAUAACAUUAAAAAGCAAUGCUAUGUACAUAGUCCCAAUGACUAAUCUUCCAGAGAAGAGAUGAGGAAAACUUUUCUCUUUCUUUAGAGAGGUAGGGGACAAUGGGUAUGGUAUUUUUGAAUACACUGUCAGAAGUGAUCAAUGUAUUGGUUAUUUUUGCUUAACUUUAUUACGAAAGAAGAUUCACUGGCCAGGUGUAAGUAUAUCCAAAAAGGAAAAAAGAACCAGUACAGUUUUUUUUUUAAUUAGAGCUUUAGAAUAAAUAGAAAUCAAGUACUGUGUUCAUUUACCCUAUUCUACAUAUCUAAAUCCCAUGAUAUUAUCACCAGGCCUUCUCCAUUCUCUGAUGAAGAAUUGAACCUAUUCCUCACCAAGGCCAAACCUUCUGCUGUUUAGAGUUAAGUGUUCUGAGCAUCUUCUAUAUUUUAUUUCUUCUUUAUUGGUUUUAGGAUUAUAAAGAAGCAGUUACUAGUAAUUUUUCUUUUUAAAAUUUAUUUUGUUUUUAUUUAUGGAACAAACAUUUCUAUAAUAAUAUAAUAAAAAUGAUAAUUGCACACAAAACUGAAAAUCUAUCAUGUACAACUUAUUCCUUUCAAAUAUAUAAUAAAGUUAUUUUAUCAUUUUUUUCUUCCCUUCCCCCUGUUCUACUCUGAGAGACCACCUGAAAUAGUGGAAAAAUCAUUUAUUUUGGAAUAAGAAGGCUUAAGCUCCAUUCCCAAAUCUGGAUCCCAUCCUAAUUUUCAAUCUGUACCUAUUUUCUGAUCCCUAGCUUAAAAAUAAAACAAAAAAUCACUUAUCACCAAAUCCUGUCAUCCACUCUAGCUGUCAUACUGUUUUUCUUCCUUCUUUCUCAGCCAGAUUUGUAAAGAAUGUUUGCAUUAUUUGCCUCUACUUUCUCUUCAUUCACUUCUUAGUUCUUUGCAAAGAAAUAGAGCUACUAUUUCUCAUCAAAAUCAAAAUCACUCUCUCCAAAAUUAACAAAAAUUUCUUAAUGGCA